UCCGAAGGUGGCCGAUCUAGUAUCUGGCCUGUCAUUUGAGCGCGGAUCGUGUCGAAGUCGAAGCGAGUGAUAUUAGUCGUUGCUACAAGCAAGAAAUAAUUGAAAUAGCUUCGUCAUUGCAAUAUCGCAAUUUUUUUUAUAAAGGAUUAAAGUCCAACGGGCGCAAGUGUUUCAGCUCGUCGAGCAGCAAAUCUCCGCCAGUUGUACAGCUGCUACGUCUACGUCGUCAAUUUUUUACUUUCCCGUUCCUUCGCGAUCUGAGACGCAGAAAGAAAUCGCGUGACACUUUCGCCUGCGUUUGCUCUUAUUCGGUAGAAAUUCCUUGUGUGUAUCCCUCGUAUUCGUCGUGCAUUUCGUGUUUCUCGGCCAGAAGGAGAAAGAAAAAUAGUCAAGAUGGUGCAUAAGCCGAAGGUAUACGUGAUCGGUGUCGGGAUGACCAAAUUCGAGAAACCCGGUCGGAGAGAGGAUUUCGAUUAUCCGCAAAUGGCGAAGGAGGCUGUGACCAAGGCCUUACAGGAUGCGCAUAUAAAUUACGAAAAUGUCCGAGCCGUCUGCGUUGGAUACGUCUACGGUGACUCCACUAGUGGUCAAAGGGCGAUCUACGAGGUCGGCCUCAGUGGAUGUCCCAUUUACAAUGUCAACAACAAUUGUUCAACCGGCUCCACCGCUCUCUAUCUCGGCAAGCAAAUUGUCGAGGCUGGGAAUGCCGAUUGCGUGCUAGCACUUGGAUUCGAGAAGAUGGAGCGUGGCUCAUUGUCGGCGAAAUACCUGGAUCGUACAAAUCCUAUGGAUAAACACGUUGAGCUGAUGGCAGAUAUUGCAGGUAUUUCCAAUGAUCCCAUGACUGCUCAACUUUUUGGUAAUGCUGGAAUUGAACAUAUGCAAAAAUAUGGCACAAAGCCUGAACAUUUUGCAAAGAUUGCAUAUAAAAAUCAUUUGCACUCUGUAAACAAUCCCUACUCGCAAUUUCAAAAAAAGUAUACUUAUGAGGAGAUAGUGAAUUCUCCAAAAGUAUUUGGACCGUUGACAAAGCUCCAAUGUUGUCCUACUUCUGAUGGUGCAGCAGCUGUCGUUCUGGCUAAUGAGGAGUUUGUUCGAAAAUAUCAUUUAGAGUCGCAAGCUGUUGAAAUUCUAGCUAUGGAAAUGACCACUGAUAAACCUUCAACGUUUACCACUCGAUCGUGCUUGAAUAUUAUCGGGUAUGACAUGACAAAAAAUGCAGCUGACAAAGUUUUUGCAUCGACCAAUUACAAACCGAGCGAUGUAGAUGUGAUAGAGUUACAUGAUUGCUUCUCCAUAAAUGAGUUGAUUACUUAUGAAGCUUUGGGAUUGUGUCCUCCUGGACAGGGCGGCAAGAUGGUGGACUCUGGAAACAACACCUAUGGUGGCAAGUACGUCGUGAAUCCUAGCGGAGGUUUAAUCUCAAAGGGACAUCCAUUAGGUGCUACAGGAUUAGCUCAAUGCUCCGAACUUUGCUGGCAGCUUCGGGGCGAGGCCGGCAAGAGACAAGUGCAGGGCGCAAGAUUGGCACUGCAACAUAAUAUUGGUUUAGGCGGUGCGGUCAUCGUAGGUCUUUAUCGCUUAGGUUUUCCGAAACAGGCGUUAGUCAGGAAACACGUGAAUAUAUCCGCUGACCCAAGCGUAUUCAAAGCAAACGUAUUGUUCAAGUUGCUGGCGAUUGCGAUGGAAGAGGACGAGGAUGGUCUAAUCGACAAAGUGCGCGGCAUCUACGGAUUUAAAGUUAUAAAUGGCCCCGGUGGUGCCGAAGGAUAUUGGGUCGUGGACGCUAAAACAGGCAAAGGAAAAGUCGAGUAUAAUAGUAAAAUUAAACCCGAAGUUACAUUUACGAUUAGUGACACCGACAUUGUCGACUUUAUCUCUGGGAAAUUGAAUCCACAAAAAGCUUUCUUCCAAGGAAAAGUCAAGAUUCAAGGAAACAUGGGGCUCGCUAUGAAAUUGCCUGAUUUGCAAAAACGUGCCGCUAAGAAAAUUGAUUUGCUUCGUUCAAAAUUGUAAGAUGUACGAAAUGCGAAAUUUGUUAAAAUAACAUGCGUAUAAUUGCGAAGCACAAAACAUAUCUUGUGUGCUUUAUCUUUUCCACUCUAUUUGGCUAUCAAAACUGACAGUUUUUAUCGAGAAUUUCAUAUUCACGAUCUGUAAUUAUAUGGAAUGUAAUAAUAUGACACACCUGAAUUUCCGAUAAAACUUUAAUCGGAAUAAAGAGAUAAGACAAUCUUUUGUACAUAUUGAUAGAUACAAAGUUAUUAUUAUGAUACAUUAAUAAUAAAAUUAUUUGAGCAUUUUUAUAUGCUCGUAUGCAUGAUAUUUGCAUGUAAUAAUCUCAGUACAAUAUAUACAUACAAAUAUAUACAAUCUCUGGGAUAUAAUCAAGAUAUAUAAGCAUACAUAAAUUCUCUCUUUAAUUCAACAUUUUUAUUUUGUAAUAUACCCAUACAGCACAAAAAGGCCAAAAGACGUCUUAAAGACGUCUAAAGGACUUUAAGACGUCUUUAAGUAGUCUUUUAGAUGUCUUUUGGACAUGUGUGCUGUCUGGGUAUUUUUGAAAUAUGUAUCUUAUGUUGUGACAGAUGAAUAUACAUUAAGAUAACAUAAUAUUGCAUACUUGUGCGAAUUUGUAAUAAAUUUUAGAGAAUUGCUCAAAUAAAAAUUAAUUUUUCCAGAAUUUUUGAAGAUUGUACAGAGAGAUGAAGAGAGAGAAAAAAAGUAACUUAUAUACUUCGAAUUAAGAUCAAAUGCAAAGACUUCACAUCUAGAUACUGAUUAGCCAAUAUAAAUGUAUAUGUGCUUUUAAUUGUAUAAAUAAUUUUUUAUACUUUGUUUUUCAGCUCAAUUAUUCUCGAAUUAGCUAUGUAUUGCAAGAAGUAUAAUAUAAUU